AAAAGAAAAUUAGGUGUAAACUGGAAAAUGGGUUUCCCACUUAAUUAUAUUAAAUUAUAUAUAUGGAAAUAAAUCUGAGGCGUAAUUUCAUAUAACAUAUACUCUUAAAACAUAUAAGUUACUCAUAGCAGAAACAGAGCAAAGCAGCGCAUCUAUGGCAACAAUGAAGGUUCAUGGAAACCCUUUUUCAAUGGCAGCCAUGCGAGUCACUGCUGUCUUGUAUGAAAAAGAUCUUGAUUUUCAGUUUAUUAAUAUUGACAUGAAGAACGGUGAACACAAAAAGGAACCCUUCAUUUCCCUUAAUCCAUUUGGUCAAGUGCCUGCAUUUGAAGACGGAGACUUAAAGCUUUUUGAAUCAAGGGCAAUAACAAAAUACAUUGCAGAUGCAUAUGCUGAAAAGGGUACUGAACUAAUAAUAAAGAAUGAUCCAAAGAAGAUGGCAAUAAUUGGGUUAUGGCUUGAAGUUGAAGCUCAUCAAUAUGAACAACCAGCUGCAAAGCUUGCAAGAGAGCUUCAUUUCAUGCCACUUUUCUUUGGCAUCCCAUCAAAUCCGAAAGUUGUUGAAGAGAAUGAAGCUAAGCUUAGUGUUGUUCUUGGAAUCUAUGAAAAGAGGCUCUCUGAAUCAAAGUACUUGGGUGGUGAAUGUUUCACUUUGGCUGAUCUUCAUCACCUUCCAACCCUUCAUUUCUUGAUGAUGACGCCGGCCAAGAAGUUGUUCGAGCUGCUGCCACGUGUCAGCGCUUGGGUGGCUGAUAUCUCAGCUAGGCCAGCUUGGUUAAAAGUCAUUGCCAUGCUCAAAAAUUAAGUAAAAGAUUAAUCGGGAAGACACUAAAUUAGGGUUUGUUUUGUUUGUGAAAAUAAUAUCAUCAUAUUUUCUGUUAUCGAAAAUAAAAGUAUAAAAGAUUAUGUUAUCACAAAUUUAAGUCUUACAUCAAUUAAAGUGCAAUAUAUUAUUGAUAUUUUGGUAUGUUGUCUUAAAAGUUCGGCCAAAAUCAGUUAUAAAUUUUUUUUUGGUAAUUUA